AUGUCCGCACAAAACACGACCAAACGUCAUGCACGCACGCGGCGAGGGUGCUUGACCUGCCGGAUUCGAAAAAAGAAGUGCGACUGUACCCGCCCAUCAUGUACCAAAUGCGAACGUCUUCACGUCCAGUGCCUAGGCUACGCGUCUGACAGACCAGACUGGCUCAAGGGGGAGAAUGCCAAGGAGUACACCCAGGCGAUCAAAUGUUUUCUCUCUGAAUAUCCACCGGCCAAGGCCUAUGACGACCCGGUCCCUUACCUAGUCUUGAAGCCCACUGCCGAGGUCGAGCAGGCAUUAGCAAGAGAUCCCAACCGUUUCAACCCUGUGUGCUUCGAUCCCGACAACGCGACACUCAAACGGUGGCUUCCAGCGCCACCAGCUCCUAGCUCAUCUCCCAAGGCUGCUUUCUCUAACCCCUCGACCGAAAUUAUGGGGGCUUCAAGCUCCUUUACCCCCCGAGGGUACCAGCCGCCCAGCAAUAAUUUCUCGUCUCCUUAUCCGGCUCCCACACCCAGCCCCCAAACUCCAUACACCCUUCCAGCACACUCUGUAUACGAGGCCCCUGCUGACCCAAUUUGGUCAUACACCCAGCCAGUUGCGGACCCGUACUUUUACUCUGGGUUAUUCUCGACGACCCAACCGGGUUACGGCUCUUUGAUGAGUCAGGGAAUAGCUACCUCCGAUUAUUACGGCCAACAAGAUGGCCAUGCCGUUCAUUACGUUUCUGGACCCAGAUGCUUACCCGAGCUCGACGUGCAAGACAAGAUAUGA